CGCGGGUCUCGCGAGUCGCCGCGGACUGAGGGAGCGGAAAAUGGCCCCUCGCUGGCCCGGCGGUCCUGGGACCCUGGUCCCCUGGGCUGCGGCCUUGCUCCUCGCGCUGGGCGUGGAAGGGGCUCUGGCGCUACCCGAGAUAUGCAUCCAGUGUCCAGGGAGUGUACACAAUUUGUCAGAAGUGGCCCAUUACUGUAAGCAGAAUCCUGUGGGAAUGCUGCAAGCCCGCUGCUGCCUGAAUCGGAAGGGCACCAUCUUGGGGAUAGAUCUCCAGAACUGUUCUCUGAAGGAUCCUGGACCAAACUUUCCUCAGGCAUAUACUGCUAUCAUCAUAGAUCUUCGAGAGAACCCCCUCAAGGAUGACUUGGCUGGCACCUUCCGUGGCUUUACCCAGCUCCAGACUCUGGUACUGCCACCAGAUGUCAAGUGUCCUGGAGGUAUCAAAGCCUGGGAUAUGGUCACCAUUUAUAACGACAACCGAACCUGUCAAGGGCAGAAGAAUCUUUGCAACAGCACUGGAGACACAGAAAUGUGUCCUGAGAAUGGAUCCUGUGCGCCUGAUGGCCCUGGUCUCUUGCAGUGUGUUUGUGCUGAUGGUUUCCAUGGCUAUAAGUGUAUGCGCCAGGGUUUUUUCUCACCGCUUCUGUUCUUUGGGAUUCUGGGAUCCACCACAUUAUCCAUCUCCAUCCUGCUUUGGGGGACUCAACGCCGAAAAGCCAAGGCUUCCUGAACCGUAUAUGAGUCUUCCUACAGACCUAAAGGUCAUCUUGGGCUACCCUAGCCCAGCCAGGGAGAUUUGCUUCCUUGACAGGCAUCGUUGGUCCACGAAUCCUCAAGGUUGAGGGCGCCAUUGGAAGGAAGACAUAAAAUUAUGCAAGCCGGUAGUGCGGUGGGCACCCCCAGCCAGGACUGGACUAGUAGCAGUUCCUACUUGUGCUGUUAACUGUAAUAAUAAACACCUGGUUCUUCGUUCUUUUCUUUUUUUAGGGAAAGGCGCCCUGGCUUU